ACGGAAAACCGAGCCCAGAUGUUAAUAGUGGAUCUUAUCAUCGUAAAAGAAAAGUAAAGCGAAAAAUCGGAGAACUUCUGUUCAUUUGCACUGGACUGUAAGAUUUCCAGCAUACAAAACCUCAUCUAAAAGCUCUAAUAAUGAGUAGGGUUAGGUGAUUGAAUGGCCGGAGAUAAGACCUUUAUUCAACUAUUUCCGCAAACCCAUUCGCUUUGUCAAGUUCAACACAUACUUUGUUAGAACUCAGUUUCGUCGAUAAAAAAAAAGCAUUCACUGAUUUAUUUCGGAUCUCCAAUCUUUUAUUCGAUGGAUCAAUCAAUGGAAGUGUUGAGUUCUGCUGCGCUAUCGAUUUCAACUUCAUCUACCAAGCAACGAGUUCGGAUCUUCCGUGAAGAGCUAUCAUCAGUUGCAUGCAAUUCAGAGAUGUCAACUGAGCUUGCGUCACUAUUGGUUGAUAUUAUUUUCAAAACAUUGGUUAUUUAUGAUGAUCAUGCUUCAAGAAAUGCUGUUGAUAACAUUAUUGCCAAAGCUUUAGGCAGUGUUGCCUUUAUGAAGAGUUUUGCGGGGACACUUGUUCAGGCCAUUGAAAAACAGUUAAAGUUUCAAUCCCACAGAUGCUGCUACAAGCUUCUCAAGUGGUCUUGUCUGCUCCUAAGUAAGAGUCAGUUUAUCUCUGUUUCAAAGAAUGCAGUGUGGAGAAUAGCAGCAUCACAGGCAUCCCUGCUUCAUAUUGUCAUGCAGGGCUCCCUCCACACCCGUAGGGCAUGCAAGCGAAUGUUUUUUCAUUUGUUUUCUGAGAUACCAGAUCUUUACAAAAUCUAUGUAGCAGACCUAAAGGAUUCAAGGAUCCCUUCCAAAGACGGUGAAAGAUUGAUAUGGAUGUUAAUUGAUUACUCGAGUACAGUUCCUUCUUUGUUUGAAGACUUCAAGCCAAUAUUUCUUGACAUGUAUGUUAAAGCAGUUCUGAAUGCAAGGGACAAGCCAUCAAAGAGUCUUAGUGAAUCUUUUCACCCACUCUUUAUGCAUAUGUUGCAUGAAGAUUUUAAGAGUGUUGUUAUUCCAUCCUCUGUGAAAAUGUUAAAACGGAACCCUGAGAUUGUGUUGGAAGCAGUCGAAGUUCUGUUGAAAUCUGUCAAUCUUGAUAUGAGUAAAUAUGCUACCGAAAUUAUUUCGGUGGUAUUACCACAAGCUCGUCAUGCCGAUGAAAGCAGAAGACUAGGGGCUUUGGCUAUUGUCAGAUGUUUGAGCCAAAAGUCAAGUGAUCCUGAUGCUCUGCAAGCAAUGUUCAAUGCUGUCAAAGCUGUCAUUGGAGGGUCAGAAGGGAGACUAGCAUUUCCUUACCAGAGGGUUGGGAUGAUCAAUACCCUGCAAGAAUUGUCACAUGCUCCUGAAGGGAGGGUACUAAACAGCUUGGCAUCCACCAUAUGUAGCUUUCUUUUGUCCUGUUACAAAGAAGAUGCGAAUGAAGAGGUGAAACUUGCAGUAUUGUGUGCAUUAGGUUCUUGGGCAGCACGAUCUGCAGAUGCUGUUCAUCCAGAUGUUGUUUCUUUCAUUGCUUCGGGCCUGAAAGAGAAGGAAACAUUGAGACGGGGCCACCUUCGUUGCCUCCGAGUCAUAUGUAAGAAAGCUGAUGUCUUUGUGAGGAUAUCAUCUUUGCUGGGGCCUCUUGUUCAAUUGACGAAGACUGGUUUUACCAAAGCAGCACAGCGGUUGGAUGGCAUUUAUGCAUUCCUAAUAGUUGCUAAGGCUGCCGCUGUUGAUAUUAAAGCAGAGGAGAUGGUGUCUAAAGAGCGUAUCUGGUCAUUGAUAUCUCAAAGUGAAACUUCAGUGAUAUCUAUUUCACUGGCCUCAAAAUUAUCAACCGAAGAUUGUUUUGCAUGUGUGGAGCUUUUUGAGGUUAUGCUUGUGGAGCAUCUACAGAGAGUGUUGGAAAUCUUUUCAAUCAGACCAUUAUUACAGGUGAUUCUCUUUCUGUUAUGCCAUCCAAGUUGGGACGUUCGUAAGGUGGUCUAUGAUGCUACAAGAAAGAUUAUUACUGCUGCUCCAAACUUGUCGGAAGAUCUGUUACUUGAAUAUACAAAUUUACUCUCUGUAGUUGGAGACAAAAUAGAUGCUAUGAAAUCAAGUGAUGUAGAAAAUCCUGUGGAUGCUCAAAUUCCAUUCCUUCCUUCGGUUGAGGUUUUAGUAAAGGUUUUGCUGGUGCUUUCAUCAGCUACGCUAGCUUCUGGUUCAAGUGCAUGCUUCAGAAUGAUAUUCUGCUCGCAUCAUCCCUUGAUCGUAAGCAAUGCAAACAGAGCUGCAGUAUGGAGGAGGCUCCAGAGGAAUUUGAAGAGGCAUGGGUUUGAUAUUGUUAACAUUAUUACUGCAGAUGUUGGAAUUGUGUGCAAGGAUGUACUUGGACCAAUGGGUUUAAUGAGUUCUAAUCCUCUAGAACGCGAAGCAGCUAUUUGUUCCCUCUCAACGUUGAUGUCUAUAACUCCCAAAGACACAUAUUUAGAGUUUGAGAAGCACUUGAACCAUCUCCCGGAUUGUUCUCUACAUGAUACUCUCUCAAGUAGUGAUAUUCUGAUCUUUCAUACUCCAGAAGGUAUACUGUCCAGUGAGCAAGGCGUUUAUGUUGCAGAAUCUGUUGCUGAUAAAAACACAAAACAUGCAAAGGGUCGGUUCCGUGUUUACGAUGACCAAGAUGACCUCGACCAUGCCAGAUCUAAUCAUUCUGUACAGAGAGAGCCAGCUAAAAGAGAUACUGCAGGGGUGGGAAAGAAGGAUGUGGGGAAGGCUGCAAAGAAAACUGACAAGGGCAAGACUGCAAAGGAAGAGGCACGUGAGUUAUUGCUUAGGGAGGAGGCCUCUAUUCGUGAGAAGGUUCGGAAUAUACAGAGGAAUCUUUCUUUGAUGCUGAGAGCCCUGGGGGAAAUAGCUAUUGCUAAUCCUAUAUUCACUCACAGUCAACUACCUCAUUUGGUUAAGUUUGUAAAUCCUUUACUGCAAUCACCAGUCGUAAGUGAUGUAGGAUUUGAAACUAUGCAAAAGCUGUCAAGAUGUGUUGCUCCACCACUAUGUAAUUGGGCCUCUGACAUUACUGCUGCUUUACGCAUUAUUUCUACUGAAGAAGGACGUUUCAUCUGGGAGCUAAUUCCGUCAGUUGGUGAAGGGGAAGCCCAAGAGAGGCCUUCAAUGAGUCUUUUUGAGAGAAUUGUUAAUGGCUUGUUGAUGUCCUGUAAAACAGGACCUUUUCCAGUUGAUUCAUUUACUUUUGUAUUCCCGAUUAUGGAGCAAAUAUUGUUGGCUUCAAAGAAGACGGGACUCCAUGAUGAUGUGCUUCGGAUACUUUCUUUACACUUGGAUCCCAUAUUACCACUUCCUAGGCUUCGAAUGCUAUCGGUUCUUUACCAUGUUCUUGGUGUUGUUCCUGCCUAUCAAGCAUCAAUUGGACCAAUGUUAAAUGAAUUAUGUCUUGGUUUGCAAUCAGAUGAACUGGCUCCUGCUCUUGGUGGGGUGUAUGCAAAAGAUGUUCAUGUGAGGCUUGCUUGCUUAAAUGCUAUAAAAUGCGUCCCAUCUGUUGCCAGCCGCUCUAUUCCUCAGAAUGUUGAGGUUGCCACAAGUAUAUGGAUUGCUUUACAUGACCCUGAAAAGUCUGUUGCGGAAGCAGCAGAGGAUAUAUGGGACCGUUAUGGGGAUGAUCUUGGUACCAAUUAUUCAGGGCUUUUCAGUGCACUUUCACAUGUGAACUAUAACGUCCGAUUAGCAGCUGCAGAAGCAAUUGCAUCUGCCUUAGAUGAAAAACCAGAUGCUAUCCAGGAAACUCUCUCGACUUUAUUUACUUUGUAUAUCCGUGAUGUUGGUUCUGGAGAGGACAAUGUGGAUGCUGGUUGGCUAGGUAGACAAGGGAUAGCGCUGGCAUUACAUUCUUCUGCUGAUGUGCUGAGAACAAAGGAUCUUCCAGUUGUAAUGACAUUCCUCAUAUCACGAGCACUGGCUGAUCCUAAUACUGAUGUUCGAGCGAGAAUGAUUGAUGCUGGUAUUUUGAUCAUUGAUAAGCAUGGAAGAGAGAAUGUUUCUUUGCUAUUUCCUAUUUUUGAGAACUACUUAAAUAAAAAGGCAUCUGAUGAAGAAAAGUAUGAUUUAGUACGUGAGGGAGUUGUUAUUUUCACAGGUGCUCUGGCAAAGCAUUUGGAUAAGGAUGACCCUAAAAUACAUGCUGUUGUGGAGAAGUUGUUGGAAGUCUUAAACACUCCAUCAGAGGCAGUCCAACGGGCAGUCUCGAACUGCCUGUCCCCCUUGAUGCAUUCCAAGGAAGAUCAGGAAGAUGCUCAGGCACUUAUUUCUCGGCUGCUGAAUCAAUUGAUGCAUUGUGAUAAGUACGGGGAACGCCGUGGGGCUGCAUUUGGACUUGCUGGGGUGGUCAAAGGAUUUGGAAUAUCUUGCAUAAAGAAAUAUCGAAUUGUGAUUGUAUUACAAGAAGGUUUGGAAGACAGGAAUUCUGCAAAAUCUCGUGAAGGGUCUCUUCUUGGAUUUGAGUGCCUGUGUGAGAAGCUUGGUAGAUUGUUUGAACCAUAUGUAAUUCAAAUGCUCCCCUUGCUUUUGGUUUCCUUUUCCGAUCAAGUUGUUGCUGUUCGUGAAGCUGCUGAAUGUGCUGCCCGUGCUAUGAUGUCUCAACUUAGUGGUCUUGGAGUGAAGCUUGUCCUUCCAUCACUUUUAAAGGGCCUAGAAGAUAAAGCUUGGCGAACAAAGCAAAGUAGUGUUCAACUACUUGGUGCUAUGGCCUAUUGUGCUCCUCAACAGCUAUCUCAGUGUCUGCCUAAGAUUGUGCCCAAACUUACAGAGGUUUUGACAGAUACACAUCCCAAAGUCCAGUCAGCUGGGCAAAUGGCCCUUCAGCAGGUUGGGAGUGUGAUAAAGAAUCCAGAGAUCUCAUCUCUUGUUCCAACGCUUUUGAUGGCUCUUAUGGAUCCCAAUGACUAUACGAAACAUUCUCUUGAUAUUCUUCUUCAAACUACUUUUGUUAAUUCUAUUGAUGCUCCUUCAUUGGCAUUAUUGGUACCUAUAAUCCAUCGAGGAUUAAGGGAGAGGAGUGCUGAGACAAAAAAGAAAGCUGCCCAGAUAGCUGGAAAUAUGUGCUCAUUAGUUACUGAGCCUAAGGACAUGAUCCCUUACAUAGGAUUACUUCUUCCAGAAGUCAAAAAGGUUCUUGUGGAUCCGAUUCCUGAGGUUAGGUCAGUUGCAGCCAGGGCUCUGGGAUCUCUUAUUAAAGGAAUGGGAGAAGAAAAUUUCCCAGAUCUUGUUCCAUGGUUAUUAGAUACACUUAAAUCUGAUAAUAGCAAUGUUGAACGCUUUGGGGCUGCCCAAGGAUUGAGUGAGGUUCUAGCUGCCCUUGGUAAGGAGUAUUUUGAGCACCUACUUCCUGAUAUCAUCAGGAACUGCUCCCAUCAAAAAGCAUCUGUCCGUGAUGGCUAUUUAACACUUUUCAAGUAUUUCCCAAGGUCAUUGGGUGUCAUAUUCCAGAAUUAUCUGCAGCAAGUACUACCUGCUAUUUUAGAUGGUCUUGCUGAUGAGAACGAAUCUGUACGUGAUGCGGCACUCAGUGCUGGACAUGUUUUGGUGGAGCAUUACGCUACAACGUCUUUACCUCUUCUUCUUCCGGUUGUGGAGGAUGGUAUUUUUAAUGAUAACUGGCGUAUUAGACAAAGUUCUGUUGAACUUUUGGGUGAUCUCCUAUUCAAGGUUGCUGGAACUUCUGGAAAGGCAAUACUUGAGGGUGGCAGUGAUGAUGAAGGUUCAAGUACGGAGGCACAUGGUCGUGCUAUAAUUGAGGUUCUUGGAAGGGAUAAGCGUAAUGAAGUCCUAGCUGCUGUUUAUAUGGUUCGGACUGAUGUCAGCAUAUCCGUGCGGCAGGCUGCCUUGCAUGUAUGGAAGACUAUAGUAGCAAAUACUCCUAAGACUCUUAAAGAGAUAAUGCCAGUUUUGAUGAGUACCCUCAUUACUUCUCUUGCAUCUUCAUCUUCAGAAAGGCGGCAGGUUGCUGGACGAGCACUGGGUGAGCUUGUCCGGAAGCUUGGUGAACGAGUCCUUCCAUUGAUUAUCCCAAUAUUAUCGCGAGGGCUAAAAGAUCCUGAUACUGGCAGAAGACAAGGUGUAUGCAUUGGACUCAGUGAAGUGAUGGCUUGUGCUGGCAGAAACCAGCUACUGAGUUUCAUGGAUGAACUAAUCCCUACCAUUAGGACGGCCCUAUGUGAUAGCAUGCCAGAAGUUCGUGAGUCUGCAGGCUUAGCCUUCAGCACUCUGUACAAGAGUGCGGGAAUGCAAGCGAUUGAUGAGAUUGUCCCUACACUUCUGCGUGCAUUGGAAGAUGAUAAAACCUCAGAUACUGCCCUAGAUGGCCUGAAACAAAUCUUAAGUGUCAGGACUGCUGCUGUUUUACCUCACAUCCUACCCAAGCUGGUCCAUCUUCCUCUUUCUGCCUUCAAUGCGCAUGCUCUGGGAGCAUUGGCGGAGGUUGCAGGAUCUGGCCUCAAUUUUCAUCUUGGGACCAUUCUUCCGGCUUUACUAUCUGCUAUGGGUGCCAGUGAUAUGGAUACUCAAAGUCUGGCAAAGAAAGCUGCAGAAACUGUUGUCUUGGUCAUUGAUGAGGAAGGUGUUGAAUCUUUGAUCUCUGAACUUCUUAAAGGUGUUGGUGAUAAUCAGGCUUCAAUUAGAAGAAAUUCUUGCUAUCUAGUUGGAUAUUUCUUCAAAAACAGCAAUUUAUAUUUGGUUGAUGAAGCCCCGAACAUGAUAUCCACGCUUAUUGUAUUGCUAAGUGAUUCGGAUUCAGCUACUGUUAUGGCUGCUUGGGAAGCUUUAUCACGAGUUGUUGGUUCAGUUCCCAAGGAAGUGCUUCCAUCGUAUAUAAAGUUAGUUCGUGAUGCUGUAUCCACAGCUAGAGAUAAAGAACGUAGAAAAAGGAAGGGAGGAGCAGUUCUUAUAUCUGGUUUCUGUCUUCCUAAAGCUCUUCAGCCGUUGCUUCCAAUUUUUCUUCAGGGUCUAAUUAGUGGCUCAGCAGAACUAAGAGAGCAAGCAUCACAGGGUUUAGGAGAGUUGAUAGAAGUGACUAGUGAACAAACACUGAAGGAUUUUGUUGUUCCAAUAACAGGGCCUCUGAUUCGGAUCAUUGGUGAUCGGUUCCCUUGGCAGGUUAAGAGUGCCAUUUUAUCGACUUUGUGCAUCAUGAUAACCAAGGGUGGAAUUGCGUUGAAGCCUUUUCUUCCACAGCUUCAAACAACAUUUAUCAAGUGCCUUCAAGAUAAUGCAAGGACAGUCCGCUCAAGCUCUGCCCUUGCGCUUGGAAAGCUUAGUGCCCUCAGUACUCGUGUUGACCCUUUAGUGAGCGACCUCCUGUCAACAUUGCAGGCUUCAGAUGGUGGGGUCAGGGAGGCUGUGCUGACUGCUCUUAAGGGUGUCUUAAAGCAUGCUGGGAAGAGUGUGAAUACUCCUGUUAGAUCCCGAGUGUACGUAUUUCUUAAGGAUUUGAUCCUUCUUGAUGAUGAUCCAGCACGAAGUUCAGCAGCUAGAGUAUUGGGCACGAUAUCUGAGCACAUGGAGGAUGGUGAGCUGUUAGACCUGCUGAAGACAUUAUUAUCCUCUGCUUUAUCUCCAAUAUGGUAUGCUAGGCAUGGUUCAGUCCUUACAGUCUCUUCUAUGCUUAGGCACAACCCGUCGGCAAUUAGCUUGUCUUCAGUGUUCCCAUCAGUUCAAGACUGCCUGAAAUAUGCCUUGAAAGAUGACAAGUUCCCUGUUCGUGAGACUGCAACAAAGGCAUUGGGACGGCUUUUACUUCAUCAAUCUAAAAACGAUCCCUCUAACACACAGUUGGAACUUCUUCCUUUUAUAAUAUCUGCCUUGCAAGAUGAUUCCAGUGAAGUGAGAAGAAGAGCAUUAUCUGGCCUCAAAGCAAUUGCGAAGGCAAAUCCAUUGAUUAUUACAGCCAAUCUUACGAACAUGGGCCCUGCGCUUUCUGAAUGUCUUAAGGAUGGAAAUACACCUGUACGUCUUGCUGCUGAACGAUGUAUUCUUCAUGUAUUUCAGUUGACAAAAGGUGUGGAAAAUAUACAAGCCGCUCAAAAAUAUUUCACUGGCUUGGAAGCUAGGCGCCUAUCAAAACUUCCUGAACACAGCGACGAUAGUGAUGACAGUGAAGCUGAUGCAGCAAGUGGCUGAUAAAUUUUUUGUUCAACUUCCAUCAUAUGGAUAAGAUUUUGUAAAGUUAGCAAGGAAAUAUUCAUUGCGGCAUUCUUCUGUGGAAAAUGUUCCAGUGGAGUUGAUUUUUGGAAGCAAUCAUGUGUUUGUAUAAAGUACAGAAUAGAUGGAGAGUUAUACAUGUGAAAUGCAGUUUUUACCUCAAUUGAGGCUUAUAUUUAUGUCAUGUAACAUUACAUUUGGUUGGUACACUGCAAAAGCAAAAAAAGGUUUAGAGUGGGGGACCUUUGGAUCCCUUGAAAUUUUGUCAGUUUUGCAAAUAAUGAAUGAUUUAAGGAAGUAGAUAACUAAAAGCUAUUUCCCCUG